CAACUUCUACAGCGACAGCACUGUCAUUUCUCCGUGCAAGACCCGGAGUCCCCAAAGGCCAAACCUUGGCCCUGCGCUGCGCCUCCAUUUUCCAUUCGAUUGAACCAAAACAAUGGGAAGACUUAGAACAAAGAGUGACUACGAAGACCUCCGAAGUGCAAGAAUCUUAGAAAACCAGGCUCGCUUGGCGUCACUGGGACUGCAAAAAACAGUCUCCGAACUCCGGUCGAUUGCUUCAUCUGCAAAACCUGCGAAGGCCCACGUCAGAGAAUACAAUAAAAAAGACUACAAGAUCACGCCUUUGCGUCGCUCCGAUCGUUUGAAGCAGACAACUGCCACCGCCGCUGACGCCGACGUCACCCCCAAGCAAAUUUCGCGACGCCGGUCUGCCCGCUUGAGAGGAAAAGAGGUGGGUGAUGUUUCAGAGGAGAGUGAAGAGAGAUCUCGUAGCUGGGGAAGAGUGAAAGCAAGUGGUUUGGAGCUUCAGCUGUCGCCUGAAGAUUCUGCUCGGCGUUGCAAAAGCAAGGGAAGGGGCAAUGUCUAUAACCCUGUGUUUGGAAUUUGUUGCCACUUCUGCAGGCAAAAGACAUUGUGCGUUGAAGAGGAUUGCAAGAGAUGUGGUAAUUUUGAUAUGGAUCAGCCUUGCAUAGGGAAGACAGAUUGUUCAGUUUGUCAUUCUAGCUAUGGUGUUCUCUGUCGAGCUUGUCUCAAGGUUAGGUAUGGUGAAGAGAUGGAGGAGGUGAGAAAGGAUAAGGAAUGGAUGUGCCCUCACUGUGCAGAAGAAACAGGAUUUAACCCUUACUGGAUAUGUAACAGUUCAAUGUGCCUAAGGAAGCGAAAGAUGCCUCCAACUGGCCUAGCAAUAUACAGAGCUCGGGAGAUGGGAUACAAAUCUGUGGCACAUCUACUAAUGGAUGAGCUUCUUCAACGAGCAAACAAGAGCAGAAGAUAAGGAUUUCCUUUUCUAAAAAAGAUACUGAUGUACUAAAGUAGAGCAACAGAGCUGCAAAAGAAGUGUAGAACUGACUGUUAUUGCUUCUAAAAUCAAUCAAUAUUGUAUUGAACUGAUAUGAGUCUAUGUUGUUUGUGCAAAAACAGUUGUCUACACAGACUGGCUUAGAAUGUGUAUUGAAACUCAAGCACCUGGAUGGUAUUCCAGUGCAAAAUUUGUUGCAAUCUAAAUCCAUGUUGUGUAGUAUAAUUAUUUGGCAAAAACAAUUGAGAAAUGCUAUACAAACUUUCAAAUUUA